AUGACCAUUCGCCACCUCGAUCACCUUGCCGUCUCUCGCCAAACCCCGAUUCCGGUGCUCCUCUUCCAAGUUGUAGCUCGUCAACCGUUCAAUCCGUACGCGCGCAUGACUUCCGGUCAGCUUCCACGUUUGAGUUUCCCUCUGCACCCGCCAACCCGCGGUAUCAAGCGACAAACAACCAUUUGCAUGCCGUUCGACCAAACCAGAGGACACCGGCCGGGAAAGUGGAUACGAUUGUGUGACAAGCUCACUAAACCUAAGGUUUACCGCAAUCCUGUUGACAGGUGUAUGGAUGAAGGACGGCGGCUGGUGCGGACGGAAGGCAUUCAUGAUGACGGGGAAGACUACACCGCCUUCAUGUUUCAGGUCAGGGAGGCCGGAAAGGAGGCCAGCAACGUCUUUGACCUUAGCUGCCGACUUGCGGACAUCAUGUGCAGCUCACUGUGUGUGACGGUGUUUGUUGGCGUUUCCAUGGCAAUACCUCUAACAAUGUUCUCAAUAGGUGUGAAACACUGGGAAGACUGUCCAAAGGAUGCACGGGUGCCUGUCUAUCUAAUCGUGGGAGGUUGUUGCGGGCUUGUCAAGCUGAUAGCAACUCUCUGGCGGAACGUACAAACACGGCGGCACCAGCGCCUUAUAGACGAACCAGACGUAGAGGGGGCCUUUACUAACCAAACAUUUCGAACUAUGGAUACCCUGUUAUUGUUGUUUCUCAUUGGUUGGCAGGUGGCAGGAACGAUUUGGACAUUCAAUAUUUGGCGGCCUCGCUUUGAACCACUCUUACACGAGCCUAGUAACUGGUGUGAUAGAACCGUAUACAUGUUCGCAGUUUACCAGUUGAGUUCAACUUAUGCUGCUACUUUUGUGUUCAUGUUUAUACUUUUUUAUUGA